UACAUUGACAUGUUAAUUCUCAUAUUUAUGAUGUAAAUAAUAUUAAAAAGUUGGUAUUUCGUGUUGUAGAAACGUAUGAAAUAAAAGGUUAUUUUUAUAAAGUUUACUUUUAAAUGGUUUGCAAAUAAAAAAAUACUUAUAAUCUUAAAAAUUAAACUAAAAAAUGACUGACGAAAAAAAGGUUAUGUUCCAUGAAAUGGAAUUGGAUGAUAGAAUACUAAAGGCCAUAUCACAGUUGGGAUGGCCCGAACCUACACUCAUACAAGAAACUGCCAUUCCAUUGUUAUUGGAAGGGAAGGACGUCCUUAUGAGAGCACGCACAGGGUCCGGUAAGACAGCUGCCUUUGCUGUACCAGUUAUACAGAAGAUAUUAAACUUGAAGAACACAAGCAAACAUCAGAGCAUCAGGGCUUUGAUAUUGUCACCAAGUAAAGAGCUGUGUGGGCAGAUAACAUCAGUAAUAGGAGAUUUAACUAUAAAAUGUGCACGUGAAGUACGAUGUAUAGAUAUCUCUGCAAAUGGAGACACUCAAACACAGAAAGCUAUACUCUCUGAUAAGCCCGACAUAGUUGUAGCGACUCCUUCAAGGGCUCUAGUACAUUUAAAAGCAAACAACAUGAGGCUCAAGGAAGAUUUGUCUAUGCUGGUUGUCGAUGAGGCUGAUCUGAUCUUCUCUUUUGGUUAUGAGGAUGAAAUCAAGGAAUUAUUGAGUCACCUUCCAAAAAUCUAUCAAGCAGUUCUCGCUUCAGCCACUCUGUCAGAUGAUGUGCUCAGUCUCAAGAAGAUAGUACUGCGGAACCCUGUCACCCUAAAAUUAGAGGAACCUGAACUGGCUCCAUCAUCACAACUGCAGCAUUACCAUUUAUUUGCAGAGGAAGAUGAUAAGGCGGCCAUAUUAUAUGCACUGUUGAAAUUGAAUUUAGUAAGAGGGAAAAGUAUUAUUUUCGUCAGAACAGUUGAUAGAUGUUACAAAUUGAAACUGUACUUAGAACAGUUCAAGAUUGGUUCGUGCGUGCUCAACUCUGAGCUGCCAGCAGCAGUGCGCUGUUUGUCAGUCGAUCAGUUCAACCGCGGCCGGUAUCAGAUUAUCGUCGCGUCGGACGAGAAGGCACUGGAGAAGCCUGAUGGUGGAAUAUUGCCGAUUGAGGAACGAACUAAAAAGAAAAAGCAAUCAUCAAAACGAAAGAAAGACAAGGAGUCUGGUGUGUCCCGCGGUAUUGACUUCCAACACGUAUCGAACGUUAUCAACUUUGACUUCCCUCUCGAUGUGAACUCGUAUGUACAUAGAGCCGGACGGACUGCCCGAGGAAAUAAUCAGGGUUCCGUGCUGUCAUUCGUGUCAAUACGCGAGAAACCUUUGAUGGAUGCAGUCGAGCAACAUCUCUCUAAUGGAUUCAAAGGACAAAAAGUUUUACAAAAGUACGAAUUUGCACUAGAAGAAGUGGAAGGGUUCAGAUACCGGUCCAGAGACGCGUGGCGCGCCGUCACCAGGAUAGCAGUUAGAGAAGCCAGGCUCAAAGAGAUCAAACAGGAGCUCCUCAACUGUAAAAAGUUACAGGGCUACUUCGAGGAGAAUCCAUCAGACUUGGCAGCGUUAAGAAGGGACAAGGCACUGCACACUGUGAAGGUGCAGCAACAUUUGGCACAUGUACCAGAAUACCUGCUUCCGGCUGCCCUGCGCAAUGAAGAUAUUGUAGAAGACCAGGAAACAGUCACCGAGAAACCUCAAGUUAAGAAACGAAAGCAGAAUGCGAACUUCGGAAGUGCUAAAAGACAUAAAUAUCAGGCUCGGCAGAAUGAUCCACUAAAAAGUUUUGAUGUUAAAAAGAAGAAGCAAACAGCAGGAGAGACUUGAUAUCUACUAAUUAACAAAUAAUGUACAGUAAUUUUUGUAAAAUAAAUGUUUACUUUGUUUA